AUGACUUCUCGCUUUCCCGGCCUCGGCUUCACUCCUCCAUUCAAAUCCUAUUCCGGGUAUCUUGAUGCAAAAAACAAGAAUGGCACGUCGAAUUGGAAGAUGUUUUAUUGGUUCAUCGAAUCGAAAAGCGAGCCAGAAAAGGAUCCCUUAGCCAUUUAUUAUGCCGGUGGACCCGGUUGUUCUGGAGUUGGUGAGGCUUUUGAAGAGAUGGGGCCAUUCUACGUAAACUAUGGAGGCGAUUCUCUAUAUGAGAAUGUUUAUGCCUGGAAUGCGAAAGCCAAUUUUUUGUACUUGGAUUCACCGAUCGGCGUCGGUUUCUCCUAUGAUACGGAAAAUCACGACUUCAGUUUUGCCACCGACGAUCAAACCGCCGAGCAAAACUAUCUAGCGCUUUUCGAUUUUUUCACUAGAGUGGCUCCAGAGUACGCGACGAGGGAUUUUUAUUUGACUGGUAGUUCUUAUUCGGGCGUUUGGCAACCAAUGUUAGCCGAUUUGCUCGUUCAAAGCAUUGUCAAGGGAGAAUUUCCGAACGAGAAUUUCAAGGGCUUCGCUAUCGGCAAUGGCUAUCUUGAUGUGAACGAUCUCAACAAUGCGUUAGUGUUAUGGGAUGCAUAUCAUGGGAAAAUAUCGUUGAGUGACUGGGAAGAAAUGAAAGAAAUCUGUUACAUAAAUGGAGUGAUGAAGCUAUGGGAUUUACCUGAAGCAGAGGGCAUCGAUGCGUACAUGUUCUACGAGGAAUGCUGGGGUUAUCAAGGGGACACGGCAAAAGAAAAGAAAACUCGAAGCAAGCAUUCGGCAAUGAAAAAGUUCAAGAAAGGCUUCGAGAAAACGCGCCUAUUCUACAAUAAACCCAAUCAGGAUCCGAGCGUGAACACGGCGAAACUUUUAAACGUUGACUCAUCCGAUAAUGAAUUUGGGUAUCCGUGUUGGCAAUAUGGCUCUUUAUCCAACUACAUGAACAAAGCUGAGGUGCAAACGGUUUUUCAAAUCGCUGACGAUUGGCGAGUGAAAAGCGGGGAAUUGAGAGAGUGGAAUGAGUGCAGUAAUCUCAUUAAUACAAUCGAUCAAAAGUACACUCACAAUUACCCAACAAUGAGCCCGUUUUUCGAUCGAAUUUUCGAGAAUUGGAAGAAACCGUUAAAAAUCUUGAUCUACAAUGGUGAUGUUGAUACGGUGUGCAACUAUUUGGGUGAUCAGAAAUUCGUGAAACGGCUAGCGAAAGAGCACGAUUUUGUGGAAAGCGAUCGAACGCGUUGGUUUUUCCGUGGAUUGACGGCCGGUUGGCAACAAAGAUACGCGAAAAAUCAGAUCAUCAUCGACGUGUUGACGGUGAAAGGUGCCGGUCACUUUGUCCCAAAUGAUCGCGGCGGUGCCUCAGUUCAAAUGAUCACUGCUUUCCUUAAUCAAAAUCCACCAAACUACGAUAAAACGUUGAUCGAUCCAACCCCGAAUCCGAUCGAGUUCGAUAAAAUGGACAAGAGUUCGUCAAAAAAAUCAAUCAAUCAAUCAAUCUUCUCAUUCAUCGCACUUUUCAUCUAUUUUUAUAAA